UCUAGGAUGUUUACUUACAUUAUUUAAACAAUGAUUCCAUCGAAAUAAGAUUAUUUCAUAAAAGGUAUCCACAUUACAUACCACUGAUGUUAUUACUGAAAGCACUUAUUGAUAAAAGUGAUUACUUCAUUCUUCAAGAAAUAAUAAAAUUCAGACCAGAUGAUAUCCGAAUGAGAAGGAAUUUGAUAGAUAUGCUAAGACUUGUUAAUUCUAGUGAUGCACCUGUUGUUAGAUUGCAUCAACAGGCUAAGAAUUUCAUAGGAGCAAUGUUUUGUCCUGUCCUUGGUUUACCUCCUGAUACUACAAAUUGUGAAGCAGCAGAUUUUCUCUUUAGAAAAUGCCUUUUGAUACAUCUAGAAACUAAUGAAGAAAAGUUUAACUUUCUGUGUUUUGCAGUAUCAAAACUAUUUCAUAUAGUGCACACUAAAUGUGAAGGAGAAGAUAUCGAUAAUCCAGUGUUUCAAGAAAUGUUAUCUCCUUGUCAGAUAUACAUGAUACCUAUCAAAGAAGGUAUCACAAUGUUCUUGCAUUCUGUAAAAAAUAAUCUUACUCGUCGUAUCCAGAAGUAUAGUUUUGGAAGAGAUCUUUUAAACACAUGUACAUCUUUGGCCUCAUCUUUAACUCCAAUGGUUUCUUCAAUGAUUGCUACAGGCAAUUUCCCAGGACGAAAUUGGGGUCUUAUGAGUGAUACAGGUUAUACUGUGCAAGUGAAACGGAGGAAUAUAUUUGACACCAUUGCUCAGUUUACAGGACUCUAUAAAUUUUCGAUGGAGCAUUAUUCUGCAGAAAUGCGAAAAUUUUAUCCUGAGUCUUGGGGUUUUAUUUGCCCUGUUCAAACUCCUGAAGGAGAAAAUACUGGUCUAUAUAAUCAAUUGACAACAGGAACUGAGGUUGUCAGUUUCUCCUCAGAAAAACUUGAUGUUAUUAGCCUGUUUAAAAUGGGCAUCAUCCCAUUUUGUGAUCCAAUUUUAGAAACAAAAUUGCCUAGAUAUGUUGUUUAUAUUGAUGGAAUUAUUUUUGGUUUUGUAGAUGCUACAUAUGCUCAAAAGUUUGUUGCACAUCUCCACCAUAAAAGGAGCAAUAGAAAUAAUAUGUUUCCUUUACGAACAGAAAUUGUGUUCAUUGACAAAAAGGAACCGCAGUUUCUAUAUCCGGGUAUAUAUAUUUUUUCAUCACCAUGUAGAAUGGUAAGAAAAAUAAGAAACAAGCUGUCUGGGAGAAAGGCAUUUAUAGGAACUUUUGAACAAAUGUGUGUGAAUAUUGCUGUACAAGAGAAAGAGAACUCAGUUUAUAUAGAGAGAAAAUUCACUGAUAUACUUAGUAUUGCUGCUGGCCUGAUACCCUUUAGUGAAUACAACCCAGGCACAAGAAAUAUAUUUUCAAGUGUGAAAUGUAGACAAGGUAUAAGUAUUGCAUGCCAUAAUUCAAGUGUUAGAGGUGAUAAAAGAUACAAUCAAAUGAUGUACCCACAAAGUCCUAUCAUUUCGACUGUCAUGUAUAGUCAUUACAACUUUGAGGAUUAUCCAGUUGGCAGUAAUGUCAUCAUUGCAGUUCUAGCGUAUUCUGGAUUUGAUAUGGAAGAUGCUAUUGUACUGAAUAAAGCUUCUCUUGAGAGAGGUCUUUUUACGGACAUUGACUGGAAAACAGUAUAUUAUGAUUUUAAUGAGUUGGAAAGAGAAUGUGAAGUAACAAAAGUAGAAAAUGCAUGUCAUUCUAAAGCCAAAACUCAAAUUGAAUUUAAGCGUAAUCCAGCAGAUCCUCAUAUUGAACACCUUUUGGAUAAUGAUGGGCUUCCAUAUAUUGGCCGGAUAGUCAGAAAUGGUGAUGUUAUAUUAAGUGUGCAUUCAACAAAAACAGAUAUUUGGAUUUAUAAAAAAUAUGAGGGUAAAAAAGCUGCCCGUGUUGAAUCAGUAAAAUUUCUGGGUGUCUCUCCUGCCUCUCUAGUAGAUGGAAGAAAACUGCCAACUGAAAGUAAAAAAGUAGCCAUAACAUAUUGUAUGAAACGGGUACCUGAGGUUGGAGAUAAAUUCAGCAAUUGGCAUGGACAAAAGGGUAUAUGUGGUACAUUGCUUCCUAGUGCUGAUCUUCCAUUUAGUGCUAGUGGAAUUGUACCAGAUAUUAUCUUUAAUCCUCAUGGCAUAUCUUAUAGAAUGACUAUAGGUAUGCUGCUUGAGAUUAUGGCUGCAAAAGCUGCUCUGUUAAAAGGAGAAAAAUAUGAUGUUGAGCCAUUCAAAUAUUCAAAUGAGGCUAUGUCAGCUGCUGAUAUUUGCGGGAAAAAAUUAAGAGAAGUUGCCCCUCAAAGGAAAGUUUUUUGACAUUGAAAGGACAAAAGGAGUAUGACAUCUACUU